AUCCAAAUAACUACAAAUCGUGCAUAUAAUUAAGUAAUUAACCAUUCCAACUUACACUUAAAAACAUAUUUUUUUCUCGAAAGAGAAGACAAAGUAGAAAAUAAAUGCCGGUCAGUCGGAAAGUUCUAACGUGGGCCGUUGUGACGGCAGUUAUGGCCGUCCUGGUCGUCUUCGUCGGUCCAUACAUCAUCGGACCGGAGAGUAUUGAGGGCUCGAAAAACGUCCUAACAAUGGCGAGGACAAUCCCCCUUCCCGUGGAUGGACCGGAGAGCCUGGACUGGGACCCAAGAGGGGAAGGCCCAUACGUUGGCGUAACUGACGGUCGCAUCCUCAAAUGGAGAGGUGAAGAUCUUGGCUGGGUCCAGUUUGCCUACUCAUCUCCCCACAGAGAGAACUGUUCGAGACAUAAGGUGGAACCUGCAUGUGGGAGGCCUUUGGGACUUAGCUUCGAGAAGAAAUCGGGAGAUUUGUAUUUUUGUGACGGUUACUUAGGGAUAAUGAAGGUCGGGCCUAAAGGAGGAUUGGCCGAGAAGGUCGUGGACGAGGCCGAAGGCCAGAAAGUUAUGUUUGCAAACCAAAUGGAUAUAGAUGAGGAAGAGGAUGCUAUCUACUUCAACGAUAGUAGCGAUACCUACCACUUCGGGGACGUAUUCUUCGCGUUUCUUUGCGGCGAAAAGACGGGAAGAGCGAUUCGAUACGACAAGAAGACGAAAGAAGCCAAAGUUAUAAUGGACCGUCUACAUUUCCCUAAUGGUCUUGCCUUAAGCAAAGAUGGUUCGUUCGUGCUUUCAUGUGAGGUUCCAACGCAACUUGUGCAUCGAUAUUGGGCCAAGGGACCAAAAGCCGGGACUCGUGACAUAUUCGCAAAGCUCCCUGGCUACGCUGAUAACAUCAGAAGGACUGAGACAGGGGAUUUCUGGGUUGCCUUGCAUUCCAAGAAAACUCCCUUUUCAAGGUUAUCUAUGAUCCACCCAUGGGUAGGGAAAUUUUUCAUAAAGACGUUGAAGAUGGAGCUCUUGCUUUUUCUUUUCGAAGGAGGGAAGCCUCAUGCCGUCGCCGUGAAACUUUCUGGCAAGACCGGAGAGAUUAUGGAGAUUCUUGAGGAUAGUGAAGGGAAGAAUAUGAAGUUUAUAAGUGAGGUUCAAGAGAGAGAUGGUAGGCUCUGGUUUGGGUCUGUGUUUCUGCCUUCAGUUUGGGUUCUUGACCGUCAGUGAUUUAUACGAUUACAUUAUUUAAGUUUUUCAGAUUUGAUAACAAAUACAAUACAAACAU